AUGCCGUCCAGCGCCAUCCCCCGGGCGGCGGACACCGCGUCCAAGAAUGUCGUGCAGACUGUCGACGGCCAGAAGAUCGUGCGCGUGUGCGACGCCCGGCUGGCCUACGGCGACGUCGUGGGCGACGAGAGUUUGAGUGGGCGGCUGAUGAGCGCGGGACCCAUUCUGGAGCUGAUCGACCGCUUUGCGGGCGCUCUCGCCGAGAAGUACGAAGUCGAGUUGAUAUUUGGUGCGGUAUGCUUUUCAUUUAGUUUUUUUUCUGCUGAUUGCAGUGUGACUGUGGACCAAGGCAUCGCUACAGUCUCCAUUGAUCGAGUCGACAUCAAGAGCCCAAUCGCUCACGGAGACCUGCUCCAGUUGGAAGGAGAGGUCAUCCACACUGGUCGGUCUUCGAUGGUCAUUCAGAUGAGCGGCUACCGCUACGACCUGGUCCACGCCAAGUUCAUUGAGGUGCUCGACGCGUUCGCAACGUUCGUGGCAAUCGACUACAAGACUCUGCGGCCUCGACCUGGUUUGCCCCAGCUCGUGCAUCCGACGGAUCCGACUUACGUGUCGAGACACGAGGCACUCGCGAACCAGCGCAAGGAACUCGCUGCACGCUGGCGCGAAAUGCAGCAGCAAGUAGACGAGUUGCCUCACGUUUCAGCGGACAUGAUCCAGAGUUUUGGAUCCGAUCACUCGGAGCUCGUUCCUGUGCGGGACACGGUGCUGAAGAUCCAGACGACCUUCCUGCCCAAGAAUCUGAACGGCAACAACACCGUUUUCGGUGGUGACGUGCUCGCAUUCAUGGAUAAAGUGGCCUUGCAAUGCGCGAGAGGCUUCACAAGAAACAGGAACAUGACGACGGUGUCCAUGAACAGGAUAUCGUUCAGGUUGCCGAUCCACAUCAAUGACAUUGCCACUAUGGUGGCGCGUGUUUGCAGCGUUCGCGAGUACCAUUUGGAAGUCGAGGUCGAGGUGUUUAUCUCGCACGUUCGCACGAAAGCUCUUUGUAGGUCCCACACCGGAUACUUUACCGUGGUGAAUCUCGAUCUACUGCAUUGCAAAAUGCGCAUCCAGAGAGGACUUCUGGUGGACGAGUCGGACCAAGGCAGCAUGCGAACCAUGCUCAAGGCUCAAUACCGCUAUGCUUUCGACAAAGCCGAGGAAAAAUUGCAUCCGCUGGAUCAGGCACCGGUUGGAUCGACUACGCCGAUAUACGUGGCGCCUGCACUACACAGUCACCUUUAG